AUGACGAACAGAGAUCUCAGAGAACAUGUCGACAAUAAUGUAUCCCUAAGCACGGAACCAGCAUCACCUACAGCAGCACACUUUGGAGCUGGCGAUGUCGGCUGGACUGCUCUUGGACCUGCGAUUGCCUUCAGCGUUCUUGCCACGAUUGUGGUGGUGUUGCGAUGGUAUACGAGAAGCAGGCUCGUUAGGAUCAUUGGGCUCGAUGACUAUGUCAUCUUACUGUCUCUGAUCCUCGCCUGGGUCCAAUCCGGCCUCAUUGCCGCUGCUGUCUAUGAUGGUGUCGGUUCCUAUAACAGCAAUGCAGCUCCAGCUGAUACCAUUAUGAUCGCCAAGCUCAUCGUUGCCGUGAACAGCGUCUGGGCAGUCACAGUCAACAUCACCAAAGCCUCCAUCCUGGUCCAAUAUCUACGAGUCGUCAAUGGCCAGAAAACCCGCAUGUGUUGCUGGCUCCUCAUGGCCACCCUCCUCCCAGCCACGCUAUGGGGCGUCUUCGGCGGCAUCUUCCUCUGCAACCCAACAGCCAAACUCUUCGACCCCCAAAUCCCAGGACACUGCCGCAGCGCCCAGACAUACUGGGUCUCAGUCGCAGCAGUCAACAUCGGACUCGACUUCCUCACACUCCUCCUCACCAUCCCCUCCAUCUCCGGCCUCCACCUCCCACGGAAACAAAAGCUCCUCACCAUGCUAGUCUUCCUCCUCGGCUUCAUAGUCUGCCUGGUCUCCGUCACCCGCCUCGCAACAGUCCUCAUCACCUCCGCCAACGGCGACUACAUCAUGUCCGGCAUCUGGGCCAUCAUCUGGUCGGCUGUGGAAGCCAACGUGGGCAUAAUCUGCGCGUCCCUCCUGGCAUUGAAAUGCCUCGUCGUCAAGAUGUUUCCGGGAGCAAGGGAAGACAAUGAGCUACCGAGCCAUUGUGUGCGUAUACCAGAGAUUUCGAUGUCCAGUUCUGAGCCGGAGUGGACGUCGAGGGGUUCUCAGGUUCCGACUUUGGGGGACAGGGAGUCUUCAUCUUCUUGGCUUGAGGCGAUGAGUUUGACGAAGAGUAGUCAGAUUUGUUAG